ACGAAGCAAUCGGUAGCCGGUGGAUUAGAGGCAAAAUGGCACGGCUGGUGAUAAGUCUGCUACUGUGUGCCGCAGCCGCGGUGCAUGGCGGAAAUCAUGAGAAAUAUGAAGGCCACCAAUUGUACCGCGUGGCUGGUUCGUCCGAAGAGAUCGCAACUCUAGAAGCUUCUCUAGACAUCCUUUCGGCGACACCAGCUGCUCGCACCCUUUCUGGCAGGCUUGAAGCCCUGGUCAGGCUCUCGCCUGAGGAGAAGCAGUCAUGGCUGGCUUACUUCGACUCGAAGAAUAUGCCUUACACCAAGGUCGCUGACAACCUUGCUGAGAUCAUUCGUGACGAGGGAGCCAAGAAUGUUGCAGCUAAAUCAGCUGCAAAGCGUAGCGGACGUUCCAUCAGCUGGGAUGCUUACUAUAGCCAUGACGAGAUCAAUGACUACCUAGAUGAGCUCGGUCAGCAAUACCCCAACCUCGUAACGGUCAUCAACGCCGGUCUCAGCUACGAAGGUCGCCAGAUCAAAUACGUCAGGAUUUCUACCACUCGUUUCGAGAUCCUUCGAAAACCCGUGAUUGUCAUCGACGCUGCAGUCCACGCCAGGGAGUGGGUCACUCCUCCCGUGGCUUUGUACAUCAUCAACCAGCUCGUCGUUGAUGUAGUCAAUCAGAGAUUAACAGACGAAAUUGACUGGGUCAUCAUUCCUCUUGCCAACCCUGACGGCUACGAAUACUCCAUCCACGAGGACCGCAUGUGGCGUAAGACCCGCUCCCGUUCCCACGCGGGUAGCGACUCAUGCCCAGGUGUCGACGGGAACCGCAACUUUGACCAUGAGUGGGGCACCCGUCCUGAGAGCGCUGUCCCUUGCUCCCUCAUCUACGAGGGCCCUUCAGCAUUCUCCGAGCCCGAGAUCAGGAUUAUAAGAGACGCAGUAAACAGAGACUUGGAUAGGACGAAACUCUACAUUUCUCUGCACAGUUACGGAAAUAUGUUCCUGUACGCGUGGGGUAACAACGGUACACUCCCGUCCAACGGUCUGGUUCUCCACCUGGCUGGAGUGAUGAUGGCUCAGGCGAUCGACAACCUCGCCAUCGACAAAGCAGACCGCUACAUCGUGGGUAACGCAGCCAACGUUUUAUACUACUCCAGUGGCACCUCCCGUGACUGGACCCGCGCUGUGGGCAUUCCCUACACCUACACCCUGGAGCUCCCAGGAUACGAGUACGGAUUCCUUGUUCCUCCAGAGUACACGCGCCAGAUUGUCACCGAAACCUGGGCUGGUAUCGAGACGGGCGCCACUUAUAUUCUAAAUACUUUGUAAUUUGCCGUUAUCAAAUGAACGGAUCAAAGUUUUAAAGCAAUUAAAUAAAUACGUGUUUUAUU